AUGCUGUGCCUGUAUGGAAUUCUCUGCCUGCUUUUCUUCAGAUUUGUCCCAAUCUGCCGGAGUACGGAUUCUCCUCAGCUCAAGGAAGGAAUUCUGAAGGAUGCCUUUCACAACAGAAGCAUCAUCACAGAUCACCAUCACCUUGAGGAGGAACUGAAACAGCAUCUUGGAAAGAUUGACUUGGACAAAAUGUCAGAGAAUGAGCUGGAAUUCUACUUCUUCACUCUGCAUGACUUUGACAAAAACAUGCUCUUGGAUGGUCUUGAAAUAUUGACAGCACUGAAAGAGUCCCUUGAAGAAGCCCUGGCUGUUUUUCCUAAAGAAGACAUGCUGAAUUUACUGACUGAAAUGACAGAUGAAGUUUUGGAAAAGGAUGACAUGGAUAAAGAUGGGUAUUUAUCCUACUAUGAGUACAUGCACUCCCAAAACAGGACAGCCAGUCCCACCACCAUCCUGGAUAAAAGUGCAAAAGGUAAAACAGCAAACUCGAUGCUGUGAAUACAUCGUACUCAAAGUCAACAAAAGAAAAGAAUCCAAUGGAAAGUGACAAAUUAAUUGGUGUUACAUGUUUUAUAUAAUUCAUUAAAGCACAUGGGUGAAAGGUAAUCUGACUCCUUGUGAUACCUGGAUCAGAAAAGUUACCAGUCCAUCCCAAACCUGAAUUCUCGUCUGAGUCGGUCACAUAGUCAGGUAGCAUGAAGGUAGCCUCGAGUCCAUGCUAUCAAAUAACCAGGUACAAUAACCCUUUGCUAAUCAUGUUAUAUUCUCCACAUUCACCUCCCUCAGAUUCAUUCAUCACAUGUACAUUGAAACAUACAGUGAAAUGUGCCGUCUGCGUUAACA